AAAAUCAAGAGAAAAGAAAGAAAAAGAAAGGGGGCCAGAGGAAGCCGACGACGCGUAGCUUAUCGUUCAUCUUACUCGAACAAGAAAACGGAAGCUUUGAUCCCCAAUUUGUGGUUCAAGCUUGGAAUUUUCGGUUCCAGCUACCUCAGUAAAUAGGGCGGCUCCGUUUUCUUCAGUGUGGUCUGUCGUUUUUUGACUUUUUCUUUUUCAACGGUCCGCCGUCUCUGAAUCCGUCGUUGUUUCGUCGGCACAAAACCCUACAAAAGGUCGGUUCUUUCUGAAACCCCAAAGAAAAAAAAAAAAAAAUUAGGGUUUUUGGUUUUCAUGGAGGCAUCUUCCGGAAAUGGUAGUCCCGCCACUGGGGGAGCCACUGGGGUUGGCAGCAAUACGUCGUCGUUCGGGUCUAUGCAGUUCCCCGCCCUCCGGUUCUUCCAGUCGCCGCUCUCAUUCGUGUUGGAUUACUCCGGAAUACUCUCUCCCAGCUCUUCCCGCCGCGAUUCCGACGCUCCGGUGGUCAACGCUGUAGUCGUUGCCGAUUCUCAGCCCCACUCCCCUACGGCCUGCACCUCCGGGUCGAGCAACACCGGGGAGGUUUCGAUUCGGAUUAUCGGCGCCGGCGAGCAAGAGGACCGCGGGAACGGGGGUGCGACGGUGCCGGUUCAAGGGGAGGAGAAUGAUGGGUCGCCGGGUAGGGUUCAAUCGUUGGAUGAUCUGGCGGGUACAGUCAAUGGGGUUGGGUCGGACGAGAGAGUCCCCUUGGUGGCUUCGUCGUCUCCCACACACGCUGGGGAUACUGGGAAUGGCGCGGAGGAUAGUUCUAGGGAUUCUGCUUACCAGAGAUAUGAUAUUCAGCAGAUAGCUAGGUGGAUUGAGCAGAUUCUUCCGUUUUCGUUGCUCUUACUCGUUGUGUUCAUUCGUCAGCAUUUGCAAGGUUUCUUUGUCACUAUAUGGGUAUCAGCUGUCAUGUAUAGGUCAAAUGAUGUUGUUAAGAAGCAGACUUCUCUAAAGGGAGAUAGGAAAAUCUCUGUUCUUGUAAGUAUUGCUGGUGCUUUUAUGCUUCAUGUAGUUGUUGUUUACUGGUGGUAUCGAAGUGAUGAUCUUCUAUACCCAUUGGCAAUGCUUCCUCCAAAAACCAUACCACCUUUCUGGCAUGCCAUAUUCAUCAUUUUGGUAAAUGAUACCAUGGUGAGACAGGCAGCGAUGGCUUUCAAGUGUUUGUUGCUUAUAUACUACAAGAAUGGCAGAGGCCAUAACUAUCGUCGGCAGGGUCAAAUGUUAACUGUCAUUGAGUAUACACUGCUGCUGUACCGUGCCUUGUUACCAGCACCCGUUUGGUACAGAUUCUUCCUGAACAAAGACAAUGGGAGCCUCUUCUCCUCACUCACAACGGGAUUAUAUUUAACUUUCAAGCUAACAUCUGUUGUUGAGAAGGUCCAAUCCUUUUUGGCUUCCAUAAGGGCAUUGUCACGGAAGGAUAUCCAUUAUGGGUCUCAUGCAACAUUGGAACAGAGAUCAGUUUUUUCUCUCUCUGUUAUUGCCUCGAGUUAUUAUCCUCUAUUACCCAAGUAAAAACUGGCUCUACCCUUCCUUAAUUUAUCCUUGUUUAAUGUUAAUCUUUAACCUACUACUCUCGGGUUUUCUUGUCCUGUCACCAAAUUAAAAGAUAGUUAGCUACAUUAAUAUUUCGAAAAUAUAAAUUAUAACCUCAUCCUGGUGUUCCUUAUCCUUAAGUUUUGUUGAUGAACUUGUUUUCUGGAACAACUUUGAGGCUUCUUCCUUGCUCAAAUCAGAAAUUUGAUGUCUCUUUUCAUGUUAAGAGUUCAUCUAACAAACAAUGAUGAUAUUCUAUGCAUGCGCAUAUAAGCAUAUCUAUUAAAUGGUCAAUUUGAGCUUAACAUUUGUCAUUUUGAAAGGUGGAUGUUUUAUUCUUGAUUUUUGUGGGUAAUGAAGUAUUUAGCAAUUUUGUGUUUGCACAGUUAAUACGAGUAUGUUGUUUUGGAUGAGGGGUGCAAAAUGUAAUUGUCCUCAUCCCCUAGGAGACACCUAAUGGUUUUCUUCCAAGUUGCCUUGGUUUCAAGUCUGGUAGUGCUUUUUUUUCAUAGGCCGCAAGGAUGCGGAGAAAUACCUCAGAUUGCUUAGAGGAUUCCUUUCUGUUAAAACCAUAAAAUCGAUUUAGAUCCUUCUGGGUGCAGCUUUAAAGCUUUGUUAUCAAUAUAUGUCCACGUCUACCUCCCUUGCUUCUGUGCGCACCAAAGCAUGUUUAAUUUUACAUAGUGAAUACUGUUAUUGUGUUUCUGCUGAAGUACCUAUGCAUUCUAGCUCA